AUGUCUCAAGUAUUCGGUCCCAUCCCUCCUCCCCCAAAUACAGACACAUCUACCGGUGGUGUUAAGGCUGUUUACAUCCACUGCUUGGGUGAUCGAAAAAUCCUUGGCUUGCCUAAAUAUACCGAAGUUGCAAUCUCAGACAGCCAUGUCAUUUUCAGCAGAGAGCCCACAGAUAUCUCUGUUCAUAUGGGCAUUCCACUUCUCACCAGGAAAACCGGCUACGUUGAUCCACGCUGGGUUGAUAAAAGACCUGGUAUCGAUUAUGCGUGUGCAACUUCGAAGAAUCCCAUGUCGAAUAUAAAAGCACUAUACCUUAAUCUGCGAGCCGAUCUUAAACAGGAGCAAAACUGGGGCUUUUCUGACAUGGAGAAAUGGGACACAGUCAUUGGUACGGUUUUGGUUGCAAGGCAAGAUAAGAAGGACAUCACUGCGCAUCAGGUUGAGGGGUUGGCCAGGUUCUGUUUCUAUGAUCUUUCACCUGCCAUGGGAAAGCUUGAAGAAUAUAUCUUCGAGGAUUAUCCAAAGAAAUCAGACCGAAAGAAGGUUCGCGAGAGGUUUACGAAGGAUUUCAUUUGUCAAGCCAAGUUUGAGGAUUGCUAUGAAAAAUUGAAAGCAGAGAGAGUUGCGGCCGGAAAGUCCUCGUGGGCUACUGCUAUUUCUCCUUAUUCUCAGGAUUAA